UCUGUAUUUCAAUCGAUUCGAAAUAUUUCGAACGACUUGGUAAAUUCCAUUCCCUGUUUCGUUCGAGGUGUUUUCAAAUUCGAAUACCUUUCGUUCGGACUGUUUUGUUUUCGAACAUCUUUCAUUCGAAUCAAACCAAACGUCAAACCCACUUUGUUUAUGAAGGAGUGAAUAAUUUCCGCAGCGGAUGAGCGGUGAACUGCAAAAAUGGAAAAAAACAAAAACAAAACAACCACUAAAAAUCAGUUCGAGCGGAUUGUGCUGCUUCUGGAGCAAGAGCCGGACAUAGCAAAGGGUUUCUCCCGAGGAAAUUCCGGACCCUUCUGGGAUGAUCUGGCGGCAGAAGUCAAUAGUUUGGGACCGCCUAUUCGCGAUGGAAGUGGAUGGAAAAAGGUUUGGGCGGACUAUAAGUCCGGAUUAAAGCGAAAACUCGCUCACAACAAACGGGAGCAGAGGGCGACAGGUGGAGGACCCAAUAAAAUUAUCAAUUUGUCCGAGCUGGAGGAGCAGGCAGUUCUACUAACUGGGUUACUUGCGACCGUGGAAGGAAUCCCGGGUACCUUAUCUCAUGGAACACAGUUGGGUUCGCCUUCGGGUGAACCUCAAGCUGCAGACCAGGAAAAUUUUAUAUAUUAUGGUACUUCCGACGAGUGUGACGGUAUCAAUAAUACCAUUCACUUCCAGCCCUCUCAGCCGAAAAAAUCCAGACCUUCUACCACGAGGCUAUUAGAGCUGCAAGUCGAGUAACAAAACAAAUUUCACACCAAUGUGAAAUCCCUGUUAAAAAACACAAACAAGAAUUUGAGUGAUCUGGUUCAUUAUCAGCGCCAAUCAGCUCGAGCGAUUCUUUCCGUGGAUGCCACACUCAAAGAACAUCUGAGUGAACAAAAACGACAUAACCACGAGAUGGAGAAGAUCGCGCUGGAGAAAUCAAUAGUCAAGCGACAAAUCCUUGAAACGCAGAUUGCGUAUAUUUCAGAACAUUAGAAUAAUGUUUCAAAAUAUCAGUGAUCUGAUUUUUUAUCUUUAUAUUGUAACUCAAGUAUAAAAAAAUGAAAAAAGUUCUAAUCGUAUUUUUAUAUCUUUCCAUGGAAGAAAAAUCUUACUUAAUUUUUUCUUUGAAGUUUGUUUGGAAUAGCAUCAAAAUUAUAUAAACUUUUUUAAAAUUCACGAAUUUCGCCUAUAGUUUAUGGAACUUCCUUAACCCCUUCACGUACAACAUUGAACUUCACUCGUUGUUUCUCGAUGUGAAAUAAUUACAUAGCUUCAGGCAUAUGAUGAGGAUACCGACAACUGAAGAUUAUCAAAUUUCCGUUAUUUAAAAAAAAAAUUGAAUGAGCUAAAAAUAUAAAAUAUAAUUUGAAUAUUAUAAUUAAAAUAAAAACGAACGAGUUAGUACGUAGUAAUAACUCCUUCGUUUUUAUUUUAAACACAACAUGUAUUUGCUCAUCAUAGGGCACCCAUGUUAGAUACCCACACUCAGCAGAGUAGCGGAACGACUCGAAGUGCUCGUUUUGGGCCGUGCUGUUGGAAAUUAAAUCGUACAGCAAGGGGUUAAAACAACGCAAAAAGUAUUAAUAAUGGUUAUUUGAAUACUUGGCCUGCUUACGAGAAAUCGAUAAUGACAUGUUCUCAAAGUGUUGGCAGGAAUAAGAGUAAAUAAUUCUGCCGAAACCAUAGUUAAGUAAGGAAGACACUUCCUUUUCCGGUGGUUGUUAUUUAUUUGAGCAUUUGCAAACAAGUUAGAUGAAAUUUAACAGUCAUAAAUAUUAAUUUAAACAAAAGUUUAUUAUGUAAACAGCUGCAUAACAUAUUAUAACUACUGAGAACGACCAAAUUCUAAGCAUAUAUUGUGAAGUGCACAGCAUACAUUUAUAAUUUG